GUCCCCAAGUUGUUGCACCCUUGUAAUAUUCCAGAAUAGACCACCUUAAACUCCCAAAUAUCGGCAGGCCUUUUUGUCCCCCUUUAUAUAUGCCAACUUCCCCUUUAACUAAUUGCCCACCAUCUCUUUGCCUAUCCCCCACAUAUGACUUGAACAUUAACUUAUUGCCCACCAUGUCUUGCCUCUCCCCCACACAUAUGACUUGAACAUAAUUGUUGUAUGAUAUAAAUUCUGCGUUUGUUUCUUCUCCUCCGAGGUCAUGUGGUUUACUUUAGCAGCUAAAGAGCUCCUAGAGGACAAACUGAACCAUGAAGCUGAUUCUCAAACUACUUCAGCUGAAAUUCAAAAUUUCACGUUAUUUGUUAGCUCAUGGAAUGUUGGAGGCAUUGCACCACCGGCCGAGUUAAACAUGGAAGACUUGCUCCUCACUGAAAACAGUUUGGCUGACAUCUACGUUCUCGGGUUUCAAGAAAUUGUACCUCUUAAUGCUGGAAAUAUUAUAGUGCAAGAGAAUACAAGCAUAUCCAUGCAAUGGAAUUCUCUUAUUUGUGCAGCUCUCAACAAGACUGAUGCUACCAAAAGUAGUAUCAGUCUUCAGAAGGCAGAGCUUGGAGAAAGUCAUCAAAAGGUUUACCCACUAAAGAAAGAGGGAUCCUUCACUACUUCAACAACACAUUUUGAAUGCAUAACUAGCAAGCAAAUGGUAGGAAUUUUUAUCACCAUAUGGGCAAGGUCUCCCUUGCUUCCUUAUAUCAGACAUACAAGUGUCUCCUCUGUAGGCUGCGGUAUCUUUGGCUGCCUCGGCAACAAGGGCUCAGUUUCGGUUAGAUUUUGCUUGCACGAGACAAGUUUCUGCUUUGUGUGUAGUCAUUUGGCUUCUGGUGGAAAACAAGGAGACAAGAGAGAACGAAAUGCAAAUGCAUCCCAAAUACUAUCACGCACACGAUUUUCCUCAAAUCCAUUUCAAUGUUUGCCCAGAAAGAUUUUAGAACACGACAGGGUAAUUUGGCUUGGUGACCUGAACUACAGGAUUUACUUACCAGAACCCACAACUAGAUCUUUAGUCAAUGACAGGCAAUGGACCACAUUAUUACAAAACGAUCAGUUGAAGGCAGAGCUAAGAGAAGGCUGCACCUUUGAAGGUUGGAAUGAAGAGGAAAUCGAGUUUGCACCGACAUAUAAAUAUAAUCAAGAUUCUGAUGAUUAUUAUGGCUGCAAUAAUCAGAAAGGGAAAAAGGAAAAAAACCGAAUGCCUGCUUGGUGUGAUAGGAUUAUAUGGUUUGGGAAGGGACUGAAACAAAGGCAGUAUAGUCGAGGUGAGUGUAAACUGUCCGACCACAGACCAGUACGAGCAAUUUUUACAGCAGAGGUCAAGGUUCAAUGUCAAUAGACAGAAAAUUUUGUUAAAAUGUUUUCAUAACAACUUGUGGAAAAAAUUCAUAUCUUGAAGCAUCCUUCAAAUUAUACAAAAAAUAGCCUCAAAUUUUUGGUGCUAAAAGCAUGGGUGGAUGUUGAGUUGUGGUGCCGGGUUCAUCUGAACUGAAUACUUUCGACGUGAAGCAUAAAUUUAU